UGCCACUGCGAUCGAAGCCUGGUGGAGUGUGGGAAGUGAAGGAGACGGUAAUUAGGAAGAAAUAGCAGAAAACGGGAGAGAUAUGGAAUCACUGUGGACUGGAAGGUUUCAUAAGUGCCAGACGUAGGCCACCAGCCUGCAUUAGAAACUCCUGGUUCAGCAUUGGUACCAAAGAGGCAAACGGCGGCCGGCCUGGCAUGUGCCACCAUCUUUUUUGGGGACGGAUUGCAGUUGGGAAGCUGAAACCAACAUCACAUGGGGAUCAAUACCAUCGGAUAGUGAACAUGGACAGAAAUAGCACCACACACGGUGAAGAGAAACUGUACACAGGCUCCGUGUGCAGGCGAGGAUUCAGCCGAUCAUCUGGCUUGCCAAAGCAUAAGUGCAGUCAGAAUGGGGUGAAACCAUGGAAAUGUGGAGAUUGUGCUAAGGAAUUCAAUUACCCAUCUCAGUUGGAAAGACAUCAACGCAUUCACACUGGAGAGAAGCCAUUCAACUGUUCUGAAUGUGGCAGAGGGUUCGCCGUCUCCAAUGAGUUGCAUGCACACUGAUGAGUUCACACUGACAAGAAUCCUUUUAAAUGUCCAGAUUGUGGGAAGUGUUAUAAAAGUUCCGGGGAAUUGAUUUCCCAUAAACUCGUCCACACUGACGAGAGACCUUUUCGAUGUUCUGACUGUGGGGCUGGGUUCAAACACUCAUCCAACCUCAUUGUACACCAGCGGGUUCACACCGGGGAGAUGCCAUUCAUUUGCUCGGAGUGUGGGAAGGGGUUCGCACGGUCGUCUCACCUGCGGCAACACCAGCAGGUCCACUCUGGGGAGAGGCCUUUUAAAUGUCCAGACUGUGGUAAGGGCUGCAAAAGCACUUGGAAACUGAUGUCCCAUCAACGUGUUCACACUGGUGAGAGACCGUUCAAGUGUCCUGUCUGCGGGACUGGAUUCGGGCAAUCGUCUAGCCUUACUAAGCACCAGCGAGUUCACAGUGGGGAAAGACCGUACAAUUGCUCAGAGUGUGGGAAGGAAUUCGUUAAUUCCUCCAACCUGCAGAGACACAGGCGAGCUCAUACUAACGAGAAACCUUUCAAAUGUCCGGAUUGUGGCAAGUGUUGUAAAAGUUCUCUGGAAGUGAUGUCCCAUCAAUGUGUGCACACAGAUGAGAGACCAUUCAAAUGCUCUCACUGUGGGACUCCGGUUCAAGCACUCAUCCAAUCUCACCGUGCACCAGCGGGUUCACACAGCGGAAAGGCCGUUCACCUGCUCCGAGUGCGGGAAGGAAUUCAUUCGGUCAUCUCAUCUCCUGCAACACCAGCGGGUUCACAGUGGGGAGAGGCCUUUUCGAUGUCCAGACUGUGGUAAGGGCUUUAAAAGUACCUGGGAAUUGAUGAGCCAUCAACGUGUUCACACUGACGAGAGACCGUUCAGGUGCUCCCGCUGUGGGAUUGGCUUCAGACAAUCGUCCAGCCUGACUAAGCACCAGCAAGUUCAUAACAACGAAAGACCGAACACUUGCUCUGAGUGUGGGAAGAGAUUUAUUGAUUCCUCCAACCUGCUGAGACACCGAGUUCACACUGACGAUCAACCUUUCAAAUGUCCAGAUUGUGGGAAGUGUUGUAAAAGUGCUUUGCAAAUGAAGUCCCAUUAAUGUGUUCACACUGACGAGAACCCGUUCGGCUGCUAUUACUGUGGGGCUUGCCUCAAGCGCUUGUCCAACCUCACUGUGCACCAAAGAGCUCAUGAUGGGAGGUGCUCACAUUUGCCUGCUCUGAACGUAGGAAGGGAUUUAUUCAGUCAUCUCACCCACGACUACACCAGCAGGUUCACAAUGAGCGGAGGCUUUUCAGAUGUUCAGACUGUGAUAAGGGCUUUAAAAGGACCUGGGAACUGAUGUCCCAUUGACACAUUCACACCAAUGAGAGACCAUUCAGAUGUUCUGUCUGUGGGACUAGAUUCAGACAAUCAACUAGCCUGACGAAACACCGGUGAGUUCACACCAGGAAAAGGUCAUUCAUUUGCACUGAGUGUGGGAAGAAUUUCACUCAUUCAUCCAACCUGCUGAGACACCAGCAAAGUCACAGUUAAUGGCUGACUUUUGCAGUUAAUAAAGGAUUGAACCUUGUUCAUCAGCGUCUGUUUCUGCUGAUGUUCAUAAACCAGCUCAGUUAUAAGUAUUAAU